CUUAGAAGGCAAGAUGGCGGCUGCCAGAUGUAAUGUUUUAAACGGGAGAGACAGGGACGGUCCGUGAAAGAAAUGGAGGAGACUUCAGUAUUUCUGCUGUGCCUGACGUCCAGCAGCGGGGUGCCGCUGUACUGCAGGAGCAAGGGCAGCAGCAGGCAGCUGACAUUUUCUGUCAUUGGAUCACUAAAUGGCGUGCACAUGUUUGCCAAUAAUCAGGACAUUCUUUUAACAUCUACACGCACUGACAACAGCAGAGUGGUGUGGAGAUCCUUCCAUGAUAGCAUCAACCUAAUUGUGAUGUCCUGUGAAAGCACAGCCAGCGACUUCUCAUUGAACAGGCUACUGGAGAACGUCUUCAGCGCCAUGGUUCUUGUGAUUGGCUUGGACGACCUUGUCAAUAUAAAAAACGUGGAACGUUUGAAGAAGGACCUAAGGGCAUGCUAUAAGUUAAUUGACAGCUUCUUAACAGAAUCCGAGAAGAUAGCCGACCUGACGCAAUGUGUGGAUUGUAUCAUUGCUCACGAUGUAGCCAUUCUUCAGGAAUGUCUUGAUGGUUUCACCCGAGCUGCAGAAAGUGAUUUUGGCUGCCUUAUGGCUGGAGGAAAAGUGGUCGCAGCCACGGAAAAAUGGUGGAGGCUGGCCUCUCAAGAUGUGAUGCUUCUGUGCUGGUUGGUAGCCUCCUUGUCUCCUCAUUCAUCUCGAGAUUACCCUGUCUACCUGCCUCAAGGGAGCCCUACAGUUCCUCACAGACUGCUCACCUUUCAGCUGGUUCCUGGAGUCGAUGUGUGCCUACUUUGUGGUCCUAGUCCUUCUUUACACAAGGUGGAGUCAGAGCUGGUGGAGAGGUUUUGGAAACCAGUUGUGGAUCCACUGAAAGCCUGCUUAAGAGUCCAGCUAAGAUCAUUUCCAUCCUCCGCCCCUAUUCAUCAUGGGAUUCUGGGACUUUUGCUAGUGAACCGGGAUCUGAAUAAAACCUUGUACACUGUGCAGGUUCAUCCCAUGGAAGACAUGCAGAGAACAGAGCCGAAGUUUACUUUGGAGCAGCGCCGAGCAGCCCUUCGAUCUUUUUAUACAUUUGCUCUUUCUCGUUACUUUAGUCCUGAGAACGGUGAUGAAAAAAACAUUCCUUAUGAGGAGGUGUUCGCAUCCGGCUUCAGUCACCAUGCCCACCAGUGCUACACCGUGUCCAGUUCCCACAAAUGCUACGCAAUUAAGUCUGAGCUGCACUUGCUCUUUCUAAUAUUCAAGCCCGAGGUACCUACGUUCAGCAUGCAGACGAUUGCUAACAAAACCCUGCACGUAUUCUCCAGGGACCUUCCCUUCUGAGGUGUAUACAGGCAUUGUACAGGAUCUGCAUCCUUGUGCUUGCCAAACCCACAGAACCCUUUCACCUUUUAUUUGAAGACACUAUAAAGGUCACUUUGAUUUCUUAAAGAGUCAUAGCUGCUUGCAUCAUAAGUCAUUGUUCAAACGACACCUGUUUUCCAUCUGUCAGUAAUCACCUGCAUAUUUAUUUAACACACACGCUGAAAGUGAUCGACCGUGUACCAGAGGUUCAUGUAUUAAGGUGCCUAACGCUGCUAAGCAGAGCUAGAUUUGUCACCCAGCCAUUU